AGAUGUAGGUAGCAAAAUUGUAAAAAGAAAAAAUUCAGAUUUUUUAAAUUAUAAAUAAGAAUGAAGAAGAAGGAAACGCGAAUUUGUCCCGCCAACAAGCAAAUUUCUUCCUGCACAGAUUUCUUUCACCUUCGCGGGUUCGUUCUUCGCAGAUUUAGAAGCAUUGAUUUGUGUACGGCAACUCAAAUAAAUUUUGGAAUCAAUCAAACUCGCUGUUCUAAGAAUAAAGAAUUGAUUCCUAUCAAUUUGUUUUUCUAAGCGAAGUUCCCAAACCCCCUUUUGUUUGUAUCUCGAAUCUUAUAGUUGGAAACCAAAUGUGCCGUCGUAUUACACUGUUGUUAUAUAGACUGUGAAAACACGGGGACACUGGCAGCAGCAGCGAAACAGUGAGAAAGAGAAAACCCUAAAAUGCCUCCAAGAAAGAAGCCUAACAUUUCAUCUUCAUCUACCUCCUCUUCUAAGAAGCCCAAUCCACAACCUUCCAAAUACGGCAUCCAACACUUCUUCGAUCGCCAAACAAUCCAUAACUCUCAGAAGCAGCAAACUAACAAUGCAACUUCUCAGGUUUCUUCUGUUCCUCUCUCACCGCUCGAAAAGCCCAACAGCAGCGAGGCUCCGUCUUUGCAGAAUACUAUCCCAGAUAAUUCCCUCUCUGAAGUGUCACCGGAGAUGUCCAAGUCCAUGUCCCUUAAGCGAUUCAAAUUCUCACCUGGGAUGUUUAUCAAGCAGAGCCAGGAUGAUGGGGUUAAUGAGGUUACAUGGAAGAUAUCUCCAGUGAAUGAAAGGCUGCAAGCAGUUUCAAAACACAUGCCUAAGUUAAUUAAAGCAUUGGCUGAUUCUUCGAGGACCAACAUGUCGUCAAUUUGCAGCAGCUCAGAAGAAAAGACUUCUCUGGACAAAGGUGACAAGGUUGAAGAACUGCUCGUUUCACCUACUCCCAAUGCAUCUGCAAAAGCUCCUUUGUCAAAGAGUAAAUUACGCUUGAAAAAAUUAAAUUCUGACCGAGUUGUGGACUUCAAUGGCAAUCCAACUACUUUGAGCAAUUCUGGCAUGGCUGGUGGAAGAAAUCCAUUCAGAACUCCACCAUCUUUGUCUUGUCGCCUAGAUAAGCUUGCAAAGGAUGUUGAUCACAAUAAACCAUCUGAGCAGCCUUUUUUGAGGCAGCACAAAAAGGUUAGGUCUCUCAAUGAUUUCUGUGCUAACGAUUCCUUUAGACUCAGCUGAGCUACUUAGAGGUCC